AUGGAACAGAACUUUAUACAGUAUGUUUAUCGUCAGUAUGUUUAUCAUUCCUUUUCAUCGCAGAUGAGAUAUCUCUACAGAGUCAGUGAUGAAGAAUCUGGAGAAUGUCGUGGUGCUCUGGGAUUGGAAAGCGGUGUGAUCACUGAUGGCCAAAUUACAGCUUCUUCUGAAGCUGGCGCUAAGUUGGCACCCAGCAAUGCCAGGUUACAUUUAAAGAAACAGAAGACACCUAGAAAGAGGGACGGUGGUUGGUCAGCUAAGAAAGGUGAUGUCAAUCAGUGGCUCCAAAUUGAUCUUUUUGACGAGAAUGCUAAAGUGACUGGUGUAGCUACACAAGGACGAGAAGACAACAACCAGUGGGUACUAGAGUACAAGUUACAGUUCAGUAAUGAUGGAAUGGACUUUCAAGACUACGUGGAACCAGGACAGACUGAGGGAAAGGUAUUUACCGGUAACACAGACAGAUCGACUGUUGUUCGUCACGAUUUGAGUCAACCAAUCACGGCUCGUUUCAUCCGUUUUCGGCCUCUCAUUUGGAAGGGGGCCAUAUCCAUGAGAGCGGAGCUCUAUGGUUGCUUGGCUCAAACAUGUGCAAACCCUCUCGGCAUGGAAAGUGGUGAAAUCUCCGACGCUCAGCUCUCUGCUUCUUCGAAAGUUGGCACAAACCAUGGACCACAGCGUGGCCGACUAAACAUUUGGAGACAGUGGUCGUCGAGAGGUGCUUGGUCUGCUGAAACAGAUGAUGUCAAUCAGUGGUUCCAGAUUGAUCUUCUGAGUCAAUAUACAAAAGUGACGGCCAUAGCUACACAAGGAAGUGAAGACAUGAAGGAGUGGGUCACUAAAUACAAGCUGCACCACAGCCAGGAUGGAGUGAAUUUCGAUUCAUAUAAAGAGCCUGGAGAAGCUAUAGACAAGGAUUUUGCGGGAAACAAGGACCAGAACACCAUCGUUUAUCAUAAACUAAAAAAGCCAAUUAUCGCACGUUUCAUCCGAUUUGUUCCCAUGGCAUGGUUUGGACACAUCUCCAUGCGAGUGGAACUUUAUGGCUGCUCAGCUCUGUUGGAAAAUUUGGACGAGAGCGGAGAUGGAUUUGCCAGCCAAAGUGAAAUAGUAAACUUUGGAUUAGUGUGGCAGGGUGACGUAGACUACUUCGAUCUGAACUAUGAUGGUAAGCUCAAUCUCGAGGAGACCAAAAUACUGAUGUCCAAAGACUUAGAAAAGAAAAAGAUGAUAUGCCAUUUCAAAGCCACUGACACGAACCAUGACUUGUUCGUGACGGCGGAAGAGCUGAAAACACGAUUUGAACAUCUCAAAUAUGACAUUACUCAAGACGGAGUUGUUGAAUUUAUUCAGCAAGGAGACGACGAUGUGGCAGAUAAUAAAUUCAACUACAACGAUUAUGAUAACGAUGAUGACGACGAUGACAAUGCAGAUAAAAUAAUGAUGACCAUGAUUAUGUUGACAAUAACGAUGACAGUCAUAACGAAAAUAAGUGGUAAUGAUGGAGAAUGCAAAGAACCUCUUGGCCUUGAAAGGGGUAAUGUCACCGACGGACAGCUCAGUGCCUCUUCGGAAUGGGACGGGAACCAUAGCCCCAGGCGCGCCAGACUAAAUAUUCAAAAAGAAGGCAGCCAGCGAGGCGCUUGGUCCUCUCGCAGGAGGGACGGCAACCAGUGGCUCCAGAUUGAUCUCUUUGACGAAACCGCCAAAGUGACCGGUGUUGCCACACAAGGAAGGGCUGACAAUAACCAGUGGGUCACUAAGUUCAGGCUUCAGUACAGCAAGGACGGAAAGAACUUUCAGUUCUACAAAAGGAAAGGACAAUCUGCGAUCGAGGAAUUUACUGGUAACAAGGACAGAAACACCGUGGUUAGGCAUGACCUAAAUCCACCAAUUACGGCACGUUUUAUCCGUUUUCAACCUGUCAGUUGGUUUGCACAUAUUUCCAUGAGAGCGGAGCUUUAUGGCUGCUUAGCCGGAAAAUGUAUCGAACCCCUCGGUGUGCAAAGCGGUGAGAUCUCCGACGAACAACUUUCUGCCUCUUCGGAAUGGGACAGAAACCAUGGAACCAAACGUGGCCGACUUAACAUUGCGAAACAAGGGUCGCUGCGAGCUGCAUGGUCUUCUCGCAGGAAUGAUCAAAACCAGUGGAUACAGAUCGAUCUUCGCACUCAUUACACGAGAGUGACAGCCGUAGCCACACAAGGAAGAGGCGACUGGGAUCAGUGGGUCACCAAGUACAGGCUGCAGUACGGCCAUGAUGGAGAGAAAUUUGAAUUUUACAAGGAGCCAGGACAGACUGCACCCAAGGAUUUUGCGGGAAACAAAGACAAGUACACCAUUGUUUUUCACAAACUAAACAAGCCAUUCUUUGCACGUUUCAUUCGAUUUCUUCCUCGGUCAUGGCGUUCACAUAUCUCCAUGCGGAUGGAGGUGUAUGGCUGCUCAGCUCUGGUAGAAAACAUGGACCAGAAUGGAGAUGGAUUUGCCAGCCAAAAUGAGGUGGAAAGCUUUGGUUUAAAUUGGAAAGGUAGUGUGGAACAAUUCGAUCUGAACGCUGAUGGCAAACUUAAUCUGGAAGAGUCCAAAAUUAUGACGUCCAAAAGUCCAUAUGAUUUGAAGCAAAUCAUGUGCCAUUUCGAAGCCACUGAUACGAACAACGAUUUAUACGUGACGGCUGGGGAGCUGAAGAAACGAUUUGAGUACUUAAAAUACGACAUCUCUCUUAAUGGCGUUACAGAAUUUAUUAAGAAGGGAGACGUUGAUGAACUGGAUAAUAAAUUCAGUUACAACGUUGUGCCUUUACUUUUCCCUCUGCAAGGUGCUUGGUCUUCCCGCAGGAAUGAUCAAAACCAGUGGAUACAGAUCGAUCUUCUCACUCGUUACACGGCAAUGAGGGGCGUAGCCACACAGGGAAGAUACGGCUGGAAUCAGUGGGUCAUCCAAUAUAGGCUGCAGUACGCUCUGGUGGAACACAUGGACUCGAACGGAGAUGGAUUUUCCAGCCGAGGUGAAGUGGAAAGCUUUGGUUUAAAGUGGAAGGGUGAUGUAGACGAUUUCGAUCUGAACGCUGAUGGCAAACUCAGUCCUGAGGAGUCUAAAAUCAUGACUUACAAGAGUAUAUAUGAUGUUAAGAAAAUCUUGUGUCAUUUCAAAGCCACUGAUACGAACCAUGAUUUAUUUGUGACGGCUGGAGAGCUGAAAAAACGAUUUGAAGACUUCAAAUAUGACAUCACUCCAAACGGCCUAGCUGAGUUUAUUAAGGAGGGCGACAUUGAUGUGGCGGAUAAUAAAUUCAGUUACCACGUGGAAGAAAUGACAGACAUAACGAUAUGGAUCGUGUUGAUGUCUGUUUUGGGAACAACGAUGGAUGCAGCAUUUGUUCCGGAAAAAUUCAGAGAUGAGCAAGAUGAAGGAGAUUGUGAUGGACCUCUCGGCCUCGAAAACGGUAACAUCACCGACGGACAGCUUAGUGCCUCUUCGGAGUGGGACUGGAACCAUGGUGCUAGACGCGGUAGGCUGAAUGUACAAAAACAAGGCGGCCUGAGAGGCGCUUGGUCCUCACGCAGGAAUGACGGCAACCAGUGGCUCCAGGUUGAUCUCUUUGACGAAGAUGCUCAAGUGACGGGUAUCGCCACACAGGGAAGGGCUGACUGGAACCAGUGGGUCACCAAGUACAGGCUGCAGUAUGCUGUGGAUGGAGUGAACUUCCAGUACUACAAAGAGCAAGGACAAUCUGCAAUCAAGGAAUUCACUGGUAACACGGACAGAAACACCAUAGUUCGUUACAAUCUGAAUCCACCAAUUACUGCACGUUUUAUCCGUUUUCGACCUGUCAGUUGGACCGGACACAUUUCCAUGAGAGCGGAGCUUUAUGGCUGCUUUUCCAAAUGUCUCAAGCCUCUUGGCGUGCAAAGUGGUGAAAUUUCUGACAAACAACUUUCUGCCUCUUCUGAAUGGGACAUAAAUCAUGGUGCCAAACGUGGCCGACUUAACAUUAAGAAAGACGGACCUCUGCGAGGUGCUUGGUCUUCCCGUAGGAAUGAUCAAAACCAGUGGAUACAGAUCGAUCUUCUCACUAGUUACACGGCAGUGAGGGGCGUAGCCACACAGGGAAGAUACGACUGGAAUCAGUGGGUCACCCAAUACAGGCUGCAGUACGGUAAUGAUGGAGAAAACUUUGAAUUCUACACUGUGGCUGCAGGACAAAGUGCAAUCAAGGAUUUUGCAGGAAACAAGGACCGGCACACUAUUGUUUUUCACAAACUAAGGGCAGUCUUCGCACGUUUCAUCCGAAUUCUUCCACGGUCAUGGCAUGGACAUGUCUCCAUGCGCACGGAGCUCUAUGGUUGCCCAGCUCUGGUGGAAAACAUGGACUUGAACGGAGAUGGAUUUGCCAGCCAAAGUGAAGUGGAAAGCUUUGGAUUAAAGUGGAAGGGUGAUGUAGAAGAAUUCGAUCUGAACGCUGACGGCAAACUCAGUCCUGAGGAGUCUAAAAUCAUGACGUACAAAAGUAUAUAUGAUGUCAAGAAAAUCCUUUGUCAUUUCAAAGCCACCGAUACGAACCAUGACUUGUUUGUGACGGCUGGAGAGCUGAAAAAACGAUUUGAAGACUUCAAAUAUGACAUCACUCCAAACGGCCUAGCUGAGUUUAUCAAGGAGGGCGACAUUGAUGUGGUGGAUAAUAAAUUCAGUUACCACGAGUUCAGCACGGCAAUGUUUGGUGUUUAAUACCCAGAUUCUUGUGUGAACCUCCGUAGAAGCAUCAAGGCAAUCAGGCCUACGAAACAUAGGCAGCUGUUUUACUUGUUAUUAGGGAAGUUUGAUGAAAUAUGUUUCGUCACGUAGAUUUCUAAUUGUGGGAUAUCUCAAUAAAGAAAGUAGUAAAAUCA